GGUUCUUGUGCGAUCAGUGCACAGAUUGUCGUGCUUGCAAGACACUUAUUUUUAGACUUGCCUUCCGAAUUGAGGAUAUUGGUCUCGAUGUGGCGGCCAUGAAUCGUCGAGACAGACCAUUAGCAUUCGCCGUGUCUGCCACUUGAUUUCGAGUUACACAAGUCUACGAGUUUUUGGUAGUUCGCAAACCUGUCAGAAUUAUGCCGAUGCUCGUGAUUAUUCCCUAUAUAAGGCAAUAUAUAUCUUUCUCAUGUUUCCCUCAGUUCACUGAUGUGCGUCGCGAGGGAAACAGUGGAAUAUUAAACAUCGAAUCACUCUUAGCCGAGGAAGGAAUCAUGGAUGUCUCUACCGAGAUCUGCGAUGUACCCCAUGGUCAUGUCUGCGCCAUUUGGCGCCAGUGUGCACACCGUGCUUGGAAGGAAAAGGCAGACUAUUUCGUUCUAAUGGGUGAUGAUGUAGUUCUCCUCGACGAAGGCUGGAUGAGAGACAUCUAUGAGCAGUUCACGCUGAUUGCACAGCACGAACGUGUCCCUCAAGGUAUGGGAUGCGUCGCCUUCACAAACGUGACUUUUCCCAGAAUGCCCACGUUCCCUGUUAUCCAUCGCAUUCAUAUGAAUGCCUUUGGCGGCCAAGUAAUACCCGAGGUUUUUAUUAAUCAAGAUGGAGACCCGUUCCUCUUCCAGCUGUACCGUAAAUGGGGCUGCUCUCGAAUGAUACCAUCAAGACUUUCCAAUGGCAUUGGCGGAAGCCUACCUGCACGCUACAUUCAGCAACAUGCAGAUGGAUGGACAUUCGGUUCGUUGACUGAGGCAGCUUCAACACUGGAGGCAUCGUUGGCAACAUCUUUCCCAGCUGCUACUCGCAAGAUGACCUUGGACAUUAUCAUUCCAAGCUACCGGGUUCUGCUCCCUUUCCUCGAUACCAUCCUUGCCCUCAAGGAGUCUCCAACAUGUGAAUCUAUGUUCAUCAUCAUCAUCGAUAACCCGCACUCCCCUAAAAUAACCGAGCUAGAAGCAAAAUACGCCCAUCGCCCAGACAUCCGCAUCCGUGUCAAUGAAAAUAACCUUGGCGCCUCAGCUUCACGAAACAGAGGCAUGAAGGAAUCUGCCGCAGAUUGGAUUCUAUUUCUUGAUGACGAUGUCAUACCCCAAGAUGAUAUUCUGAUUAAGGCUGAGAAAGCCAUCCGUUCGAAUCCACAGGCUGCUGGUUUCAUUGGAAACAGUUAUUUCCCGGUUGCCAGCACUGUCUUCACCAAUGCUGUUCAUCUUGCUGGCGUGACUUACUUUUGGGACAUCGCUGCGAAAAUGUCAGAGAACGAGAGUGACAUGCCCUGGGGUGUCACAGCCAAUCUCAUCGCCCGCCGUGUUCAGGAUGGUGUGGAAUUUGACUUGCAGUUCCCAAAAACAGGCGGAGGAGAAGAUAUCGAUUUCUGUCGGAGAAAGCGCGACUUUUCUAUCACUCACGGGGGUGAAGGAUUCCAUCCUGCCCCUCAUGUCAUCGCAACUCACCCUUGGUGGAACGAUGGUCAAAGAUCAUACCGGCGUUUUUACAUGUGGUCCAAAGGCGAUGGGGGGCUCAUAAAGCUCUACCCAAAUUUGACUUAUCUAGAUCACACUCCCAACAGCGCAGAGCUAUUCCUGAUUAGCACAGCAUCAGCAGUCCUAGGCGCGUUUAUAUACCUCUUCACAAGUACAUGAUAUGUACCGUCAUUUGUGGAGAGAUGCGAAUCGCACAAAAGCCCUCAGGUCUUCGCUGAGAGGGCUAG